UCGAAGUUCGAUCAAUGUGAACUAGAAGGCAACAAAUUCUCUCUUUAUUUUCUAACAUCUCUGCUACAAAAGCCAUCUAAUUUCCCUUUUUCCUGUUCAAAGGGUCAGCAAUUCUAUUAUAUUCGGCUGCGGUCAUAUUUUCAUUAGACCAUUUCUAGAACAAAUUCCCCCCACGAUUCUACCUUUUCCCCUGAUUCAAAUUCGCCUCCGCAAAUCCAAUGGUCUGAGUUGAAGAAACUCGAAGAAAUGAGAAAUUUUCCCCUUUUACAGUGAAACAGUCUCUAUUUUCACUGGAAAGUAGGAGCAUUGCCGCCACUGUUGCGUCAUCUCCAGAAUUCGCCGGUUUAAUUAUUGUAAACAUAAUGGCCACGGAUUCGAGCAAUGGCGGCGAUGUCGGAGCGGAUAACUCUCUCCAGGCCAUCUGCUACAAUCGCGGCUCGCUGCGGCUGCUCGAUCAGAGGAAGCUCCCUCUGGAAACUGUUUACCUGGACAUCAAGAACGCAGCAGAUGGAUGGCACGCAAUAAGGGAUAUGGUAGUUCGCGGGGCACCCGCCAUUGCUAUUGCAGCAGCCCUUGCUUUGGCAGUAGAAGUGCAUAACUCGGGCACUUUUAACGGGACGUCCAACGAUGCAGCUUCCUUUAUUGCGGAGAAACUGGACUACUUAGUCUCCAGCCGACCUACUGCUGUUAAUCUUGCCGAUGCUGCCAUAAAACUUAAAGAAAUUGUAUCAGGGGCCGUUGCUGUUUCUUCUGAAGCCCGGAGUGUCUACCAAGCAUAUAUAGAGGCUUCGGAAGCAAUGUUGGACGAUGAUGUUGCUUCAAAUAAAGCCAUUGGGUCCUAUGGAGCAACUUAUAUCCGCGAACAACAAAAAUCCUUGGAGAAGUUUUCUGUUCUAACGCAUUGCAACACUGGCAGUCUAGCAACGGCUGGAUAUGGUACUGCCCUUGGUGUAAUUCGUGCACUUCACUCUGCCGGUGUGUUAGAAAGGGCAUACUGUACCGAAACACGGCCAUUCAAUCAAGGAUCUCGACUCACAGCCUAUGAGUUGGUCCAUGAAAAGAUACCUGCUACUCUGAUAGCAGAUUCAGCUGCAGCUGCCUUGAUGAAGUUUGGAAGGGUGAAUGCCAUUGUUGUUGGGGCUGAUCGCGUUGCUGCAAAUGGUGAUACUGCAAAUAAGAUCGGAACCUAUAGUCUUGCAUUGUGUGCAAAGCAUCACAAGGUUCCAUUUUUUGUGGCUGCACCAUUGACUUCCGUAGACUUAACCCUUUCAUCUGGAGAAGAAAUAGUUAUCGAGGAGAGAUCUCCCAAAGAGUUGCUGAAUUCGCGUGGAGGUCUCGGGGAGCAAGUUGCUGCAUCCGGUAUCGCUGUUUGGAACCCUGCUUUCGAUGUCACUCCUGCCCAUCUGAUCUCUGGAAUCAUAACAGAAAAGGGAGUCAUCACAAAGGGAGAUUCUGAAUCUUUCAACAUCAACGAUUUUGUAAAAAAGACAGCGGGGACCUGUGCGUAAAGAGGCGGCCUCCUUCAUGGACAAUGUGCUAUUCUGCAGGUACACUAGAAAUCAAACAAAAAAUAUAUCAUUGUACCUGAGACGAACUGCAUAGGUCGAGUUAGCAAUGGAAUAAACUUUGUUCUUUGUCAUCAGAACCAAUGGAUACAAGAAUGCCAUUUACCAAAAUUUCAACAAUUCAUGGCCCUCUUUAUGAAGUCUAACAACAGAGCAAUCAAUAUAUAUAACUUGCUGAUAGUUCUUGCUUA